UUCUGGUUGCACCUCUUCCAACUGCCUUUUAUCUGGCCUCCUUUUUCACUUUUUAAUUUUAAGACCUCACCCAUUGAGGAAUUAUAAAGUUAUUUUUUUCCUCCUUGCCAACUGUAAGCUUUAUUUAUAUACGGUAUCUUAUGAGACAGAGAUAUGCCAAGACUUCUUUGCAAUCCCUAUCCCAGACAGAAUGCUCGGUGUCUGGUUGUGCACCUCUUUUCAUCCCACUGAAAGACUUUUUCCGGAUUAAAAUCCUCAGUCGGGGAGCAGCAUUAGCAAUGUAGACAUGAAUGCACGGCAUGUAUACACACACCCAAACUAGGGCCUUCUAUUGAAUCUUUCGGCCUAAUGUUUUGUAAGAGCGGUGUCAUCUCAAUCCCUCCUUGUGAGUUAUUCUAGUUUACUUAACCGGCUUUAGCAUAUUUCUUUCGCAUUGCAAUCAUGUUUUAUCCAGUCUACUAAAUAGUUUGAAUUCCCUUUGAAUUUAAUUACCCUUAGUCAUACACGAUUGUGGUUCUCUUACACCAGGGAGGGAUCUUGAGGAAAAUGUUAGUGUGUGUUGCCCUCUGGUGGUUGUAUAGCAAAGGCAGAAAUUUCUGAAUCUGACUCGUCUUUAUUGCAAAGUAUCACGGGUUGCAUGUACAAAGAAUUUAUGUGGCGCUGCUGUACAAACAUAAAAAACUAAAAAUAUAUAUAAAAAACCUAAACUAAUAGAGAUAAAGACAACUAAUAAAAAUUCUGAUGGGCCUGUAAAGUGAGGCAGUGCAAAUAAUUAAGGUUUCCAAAUAGGUUCAAGGUGCAGGGUUGCAGUGUAGUAGAUCAUGUAGGUUGUGUUAAUGUAUUGCGUAUGAGAUGACAGUGUGAGGUUUAUGUUAGUUAGCGUUUGUAAAGGCAGAUCAGAGAUGAUGGUGAGUUCUGAUGGACUGUAGCCUCGUGGAAGAGGCGAGUGACCCAAAAAGUCUGUAUCCAGGGUCAUCCACAAUCCUAUCUGCCCGCUUCAGUGUCCUGGAAGUCUGCAGGUCCUGUAGGGGUGAAAGAGUGAAGCAGAUUUGCAGCAGCUUUACUGCAAAAUGCACUUUUAGUAACCACAUCUAUCCCAGGAACAUUAAAGGAUUCGCUCUAGAUGGGAUGCUAAUGCAUCUUCCAGUGGGUUCAUAAACUCAACUUGUAGACUUUAUGGAAAUAAACUAUUUUGCUAUUUUGAGCUUGAAUCAAAAUAUUGUGUGAACCAUAAAUGAUCUCUUUUGCUUCUAUUAGCCGAGCCUUUCUGGAAUGUCUGACAUGACUUUUUAUGUCAAUGUGACCUUUACUUCAGAUGACAUGACCAUCACUAAACAGUGGAUUCAUUUCCCCACCAUCGAUUCUCUGUUAAUUAGCAUAUCAAUUUGUAAUCAUUAUAUUGCUCUGUGAUUAAUCUACAAUCAUGUCAGAAACUCCUGGAAAAAGUCAACAAAAUUUCAGGCUAAAAUAUACUAGUAUUUGGGGGAUAUUUGUUAUUUUCUCAGUUAUAAUCAGUCUUAAAACAAACCUAUAAUCAGCCAACAUAUUUAGCAAAGGAAUGUAGGAUUGUUUCAUGCAGCAUCCCUUUUCUGUUUUUGCUAAUCAUGCUCAGGAAAUCCUGCAUUUUGUAAAGUUAGCUUAUAAGAUUCUCUUUUUUUGUUGGACCACUUUUAAACUUCGUUAUUGAUGUAUGUAUAGGUAUGUAUUAUAUAGUUUAUUUUAAAAUUUGCCAACACCAAUAAAUAUUUAAACUGCAAUUCUAUAAGUACAUUGCCUUCAUUACAUUGACCGAAGGCUAACAGUUUGCUCAUGUGCCCUGUAUAACUAUACCAGAUUUUUGAAUAUUUAUUAUGAUCUUGAUUGUAAUACAAAAAUUUUUUAAUCCAAAAUGAAACUUGUUCAGGUUGAAAGCCUUUUUAUGGAUUACAAAAAUUCUUUUGACGUAGGCUUCACGUCAUAUUUUGCCCCAAGGAACAGGAAAUUGAAAGCAUUUGGAUAAUUCCUGAGAAAUGUGAGCAAGUUGGACAACAACCUGUCAACACUUAGUGCACAUUUUAUAUUUAAGAAUUGCUAAUAUUGAAAAAGAACACAAAAAAAAAAUGUAAAAGUGGUUUCAAAGGAAAAACAUUUUUAUUUAAUUCCAAAUAAAUUCUCAAAAUGGUCUUUGGAUAUUUAAGGAAAUUAUUUGUCAGUGUAUAAAAUCUAGUAGUGUAUUCAUUCAUUUUGGAAUUUCUUCUGGGGUACCAAUAGUUUUAGGUAUAUUUUACAUAGGUGACCUGAGCUGAUUAGGAAUUAUUAGAAUUAAAUAAAAUCUAAAUGAAAAGCCCAUGCAUUAUUUUUCUCACUGUUCUCAGGUUUUUAUUGUUGGAUUGAUUUCUACUCUUUUUUUCUGUUGUAGUAUUAGUUGUUAGAUCAUUCUUUAGUUAAAGGGUGGAGCUCAUUGUACUUAUAAAAAGAGCUUUGGGAAAACUCUUCCCAAAGCCAAUCAUUAUACACACAUAACCAUGUGAAGUUUAAUCUCGCAUGUUUUUAAAAUCUCUUUUCCUUGUAUUUCCUUUGUUUACUCGUUUGUUUGCGUGUGAAGCAUCUUCCAUUGUUUCACACAUUCAGCUUUCUCAGAAAGUGGCUCUCGAAUGCUCACUGAUGAGCCGGGCUGAGUAAAGUCCAGCCCAAGGCAGAUCAUUAACCUGCUUAAUCUGUCCCUGCUCCUCUCUCCUUUAUAAAGCCGGCUCAGUGUUGGACGGUGUGUUAAAAAAAAAAAAGGACUCAGUAACAUGGGCCCUGCAGAGCCCACGCUAACAUCCAACCUCCACAGGCAGAGGAAGCAUUCCAAUUCAGCAGUUGAGCCUGAGCUGCCCAUUGAAAAUGACUAUGUGCAGGAGUUGGCUGCUGAACCAGUCACUGGCAUUGAGCAUCUGUCCGGAAUCAAUACUCAGACACCAGGCUUUGACAUGAUCUACAGAAUCGAGGAUGUACCACCCUGGUAUUUGUGUAUUUUCCUUGGAUUACAGCACUACCUGACAUGUUUCAGCGGUACCAUCGCUGUGCCUUUCCUCCUGGCUGACGCCAUGUGUGUUGGCCGGGACCAAUACACUGUUAGCCAGCUAGUCGGGACCAUUUUUACCUGUGUCGGCAUUACUACGCUCAUACAAACCACUUUUGGUGUCAGGUUGCCGCUGUUUCAGGCCAGUGCGUUUGCAUUCCUCAUUCCUGCUCAGGCCAUUCUAAGACUAGAGAGGUGGAAGUGUCCUCCUGAAGAGGAGAUUUAUGGAAACGGAACCCUACCCCUAAAUACUUCACAUAUCUGGCAGCCCCGGAUUAGAGAGAUUCAAGGGGCCAUUAUUGUGUCCAGUCUAGUGGAAGUGAUAAUUGGGCUGGCGGGGAUUCCUGGACUCCUGCUCAAUGCCAUCGGGCCUCUGACCGUCACCCCCACCGUCUCCCUGAUCGGCCUGUCCGUGUUCCAAACUGCUGGAGACCGUGCAGGCAGCCACUGGGGCCUCUCUCUUUUGUGCAUCUUUUUCAUUCUACUUUUUGCUCAGUAUCUCCGAAAUUGGGCCGUCCCCUUUCCCUUGUAUUCUAGACAGAAAGGCUGUCACACCUCCCGUUUUCAGAUCUUCAAGAUGUUUCCGAUCAUCAUGGCUAUCAUGCUGGUAUGGUUCGUGUGUUAUAUCCUCACGUUGACAGAUAUGUUGCCCAGUGACCCAAAGAAGUAUGGUUACAAGGCUCGAACUGAUGCCAGGGGGGAGAUCAUGUCCCAAGCACCAUGGUUUCGCAUGCCCUAUCCCUGUCAGUGGGGCUUACCCACAGUGACGGUCGCUGGCGUUUUGGGAAUGUUCAGUGCCACAUUAGCCGGCAUAGUCGAGUCUAUUGGGGAUUACUAUGCAUGUGCACGUCUUGCAGGAGCUCCGCCACCUCCUGUUCAUGCCAUCAACAGAGGAAUCUUUAUAGAGGGUGUGUGCUGCAUCAUAGCAGGCUUAUUAGGAACAGGAAAUGGGUCCACUUCCUCCAGUCCUAAUAUUGGUGUGCUUGGCAUUACCAAGGUGGGCAGUAGGAGAGUGGUUCAGUAUGGGGCAGUUAUAAUGCUACUAUUAGGGACCAUUGGGAAGUUCACGGCCUUGUUUGCCUCGUUGCCAGAUCCAGUGCUUGGAGGCUUGUUCUGCACCUUGUUUGGUAUGAUCACAGCUGUGGGCUUGUCAAACCUUCAGAGUGUGGAUCUGAACUCUUCAAGAAACCUUUUUGUCCUAGGGUUCUCCAUGUUCUCUGGCCUUAUGCUUCCCAAUUACCUGGACACUCAUCCAGGCAGCAUCAAGACAGGUGUCCCAGAGUUGGAUCAAAUCCUUACAGUUCUCCUGACCACAGAGAUGUUUGUCGGAGGAUUCCUAGCAUUUCUGCUCGACAACACCAUUCCAGGCACAAAAAAGGAGCGUGGACUCACUAACUGGAAAGCUGCGAGCUCUACUGAAAUUGGUGGUGUCAGUUCAGACACAUAUAAUUUCCCAGUGGGCAUGGGAACGGUAAGGCGGCUCGGUUGUCUUCGCUACCUGCCCAUCUGCCCUACUUUUCAGGGCUUCAAGUUGUGUCGCCGGAAAAGAAGCUUGUGUGAGGAAAUGAACAAUAAGAAUGAUGAACGUGCAGUGAGGAGCACUCCAGAGAUCACAAACUGCACCAAAGUGUAGAUCCUUAUUCUCUGGUGUCAUUGUAUCAUACUUUUUAUACACUGCCAGAUUUUCAUAUUAGAAAACUUUUUUUCUUUGGCAAUUAAUAUAUUUAUUGCUAUGUUAUGAACACUGAUGAUUAGGAAUAGAAAAUUGCUUAUAAGGCAGAUUGAAAGACUUUUCCUCACACUGGAAUCAAUGCAAGAUAACACAAUAAAAACAUAUCUACACCAAAUAAUUAGCAAGCAUUUAUUACUUAUUUGAUUGUUUUAUUUAAAUUGUAUAUACAGAGUUUUAAUAUUCAGGAAAACUGUAAAAUGGCUGAGGUGCCAAUACAAUGGCAUACAUCACUGACAAAGUACAAUAUAAAGUAUAUUUUAUUCCAUUUAGUCCAUUCCUUAAUGCAAAGU